AAUGUUGGAUUCACAAAUCUUAUGGAACUUAAUCAGUCUGGUCAGUGUGACAGGUUUUCCUGCGCUGAGAGAUCUGUAUCUGCUGUGUCUGUGUUUCUGUAUAUCUGUGCUGCUGCUGUAGUUCUGUUAACAGUGUUUGGAAAUCUGCUCAUCAUUAUCUCUGUUUGUCACUUUAAGCAGCUCCACACUCCAACUAACAUGCUCAUCCUCUCUCUGGCUGUAUCAGACUUUCUGGUUGGAGUCUUUGUGAUGCCGACUGCAUUAGUAUGGACGAUUGAAUCCUGUUGGAUGUUUAGUGCAGGUUACUGUUUGUUUUAUAUAUUAAUCUCUUAUUUUCUAACAAACAUAUCGAUAAAUACUGUUGCUCUCAUUGCAGUUGAUCGGUAUUUUGCUCUCUCUAACCCGUUUCUUUACACUAAAAUUGCCACUCUGAGCACCAUGUGUAUUGUAGUUUUAUGUAACUGGUUUAUAUUGUUGUUGUAUAACAUAACCCUUCAGUACUUCAACGGAUAUUAUGCAAAAAUGACAAUGUGUCCUGGAGACUGUUUUUUUAUGUUGGAUGAAAUUUGGUCUCUAGUUGAUCUUCUAUUGACAUUUGCUCUCCCCUGUUCUGUUAUUAUAAUACUGUAUGGUUUAGUUUUUGUUAUUGUAAAGAAACAUGCCACCGCUAUCAGAGAGCUUAAUACUGUGACCAGGACUCACAUGACAGACUCGAUGAAAUCAGAGAGAAAAGCUGCAAAAAAUCUUGGCAUCUUAGUGUCAGUGUUUUUAGCUUGUUUAUUUCCAUACUUUAUUUAUACUGUGUUGGGUAAUGUAAUAGAAAUCGAAGUAGGAAACUUUCAGAAAGUCUUGAUGUUGGUUUAUCUUAAUUCUGCCAUUAAUCCAGUUAUUUAUGCUUUGUUUUAUCCUUGGUUUAGAAAAUGUGUUAAAAUAACAUUAACACUUCAAAUAUUAAACACAGAUUCUGCACUGAUAAAUGUUCUUUCAUGAACAAAUAACAAACAAACAGUUCACCCUUUGAUUAUGUUUAUGCAUUAUUUUAAAUAAAUGCUUGGGAAUUUGUUCAGUCUGACUGUUGUUUGUGCUCUAAAAAUGGUCAAAUAUG